GAGCAGGCGUACCGCGCAAAAGUUGUCUCCGCUUAUUGUCCACAUACCUACUAUUGGCGGGCGUCGGUAAUUGACUUUCAUAGCCGUUAAUCAAUAUCAUUUUUAUUAGUUUUCGUCAAUCCGUUCUGUUUCGCAUUCGGUGGCCUUUGUUUAGUGCCAUCGGAGACAUGGGUAGUGGCGAAAGCUUGCUGAGUGCCGAACAGCUGGAUGAGUAUGCCGAAUUGACCUAUCUCACCCGAUGGGAAGUGCUGUUGAUUUUGAAAAAGCUCCAGGUCCUAGCACCAGACGGGUUGACGCAGGAUUUGAAUAGGAGAUUCUCCUGCCUCAAGAUCAUGGAUGUGUUCCCGCAGUUGAAGUACAACCCCUUUCGCGACCGGCUGUUCAAGGUGUUCUCCUCGGAACGGGACACCAGCUGCUCAUUCGAGGACAUCCUGGACAUGUUCAGCGUGAUGUCGGAGAACUGCCCGCAGCACGUCAAGGCGGCCUGGGCCUUCCGGGUGUUCGAUUUCGACAACGACAACAUGAUCACCAAGGAGGACAUCUUCACCAUGUGCGACCGGCUAACCAAAUACGAUCAGCUCGAGCUGGCCGAGAAGGAGAUCAUCGCCGAGGUGCUACUGAAAGAACUGGAUCUUCACAACAACGGAAGCUUGGGCGAGUUCGAGUUCAUCCACGUGAUUGCUAAGGUUCCCGAGUUUCAGCACUCAUUUACUUUCAAGCCAUAGUUUUGUAGGGAGCAAGAAAAUAUAUAAUACAGUUUUAUUCGAUUUUAAUUCGUUUUAUUAAUCUUUUCCUUUAUUGUCAAUACAAUAGGAUUUUAAUGUGUACAUUGACUUUUUUUUAACUUAUCCUUGUUGCAUUUUUUUUCUGUCUUGUUCCGUUUCGAGACUUAAUUCGGUUCAAACCUAUAUUUGUCGGUUUCAUUCGCGAGACACACAUACAUACACUUUGAGCUGAAUAGAGACCAUUCGUUUUUUUUUCUUUUACUUUAAUCUUGUAUAUAAUGACUAUUUCGUUCACUUAUCGCAGUAAUGGAAGUCUGGUUGAUUAAUAAUACAUGUUUUGCUCUCUUUAUGUUUAUGUCAGCGAUCAAAAAAGAACGGUACCAGUUUCUACUAAGCUCUACUCACUCUAAACGGCGUCAACUCCUAGAAGAACGGUACGUUUCAACUGGUCAGAUCUCUCUCCCCGCAAAGGUCGUAUAAGUACAAAUAAAUAAAAUUGAGAAAAUCCUA